GGGAAUUCUCUCUGGUGCGUCGCGCGAGUGCGAGUUUCAGUUCAGUCGCGACGCCAGAAGUGUGCGGAAUUGAUGUUGAGACAGUGAUUUUGGGAAGAAGAUCACAGUGAAGAUGGCCGAGGCGAUUGCGGAGCCGAUUAAGAAGUGCGUGGCGAUUUUGGGGGCGGCCAAGAGUGACACGGAGAAGUUCGCGGCGCUGUUUAUGGUGACGAAGCUGGUGAAGGGCAAGGAUUGCACGGAUGUGGCCAAGAAGGCGCUCUUCGACUCCAUCGGCUUCAAGUUCCUGAAGAAGCUCAUCCUGGCCGACAGCGUGCCGGACGACUGUCCGCCGAUUGUGUACAAGAGCGUCGCUCUGUCCAUCCUCACCAGCUUCUGCGAGUUGGAAUCCUUGGCCACCAGCAAGGACAUGCUGAGCAACAUCCCAGUCUUCUUCAGCAUCAUCGAGAGCGCCGACGACGAGGACGACAAUGACAACCUCAUCGUCGUCACGGAGUCCUACAAGUGCCUCCAGGCGAUGGCGCAGUUCGAGCCUGGGCAGAAGGCGCUGCUCGAGGCGCAGGCGAUCUCGCGCCUGGCGCAAAUCUAUGCGCAGAAGAGCUUCCAGACCGACGAGGCGCUGCGCCUGGUCGUGAUUCUCACCAGCAAGUUCGGGCCGCAAGCCUGGGGCGCCGAUGCGAAGGUCUUCAAUGCCCUGAUCACGCGCAUCGGGCUGGACUUCGAGACGGAUCACUCGGAGAGGAAGUUCGAGGUGUGCACAAUCCUGGCCAGUUUGCUCUUCACGUGCAAUCGCGAGGCGGUUCUGCCCACGCUGGAGGGCGAGAUCUGGCCGGAGAGCAUCUACAAGGGCCUCAAUGACAUCCUGAAGAGCAAGAUUGGCAAGAAUCAGCGCGAUCCCGCGCUCAAGCUCGCCGCCCAGGCCGUGGAGCUGCUGGGCAUCGAGUGGACGCUGAACGACGAGGAGAAGCCGAAGCAGUUCUAUCUGCUGCUGCUGCAGCUCGCGGCCAUCGAGGUGCGCAUGCAGAUGGACAACAAGUCCUUCAACCAGACCUGCACUCAAGCCGACCUCAUCACGGCCUGCUUCGUGAUCCUCGAGCUGUCCGUCAACUAUCUGGCCACGGACCAGCUGGAGCUGGAGCAGAAGGAGAAGCAGCAGGUGUACACGGCGCUCAAGGGCGCCUUCAGCGGCGUCAUGAGCGUCCUGACCAAGCUCAGCUCCAGCGAGGCGCGCAACAGCCUCGCCGGCAAGGACAAGGCCUUCGCGGCGGCGAUGGUGCGCGUGCUGGGCGCCUGGCUGGCGCAGGAAACCACCGCGAUGCGCCCCGCGCUCUAUCAGGUGCUGCCUUUCAUGUUCCAAUUGGCAAAUGCGACGUUCUACGAGAGUCGACAGUAUCGGCUGGAUAAUAAGGCCAAUCCGGAGGCGCCGGAAGGGCCGCCGGACGUGCUGCGCGUGAUGCUGCCGGCGCUGUGUCACUUGGCGGUGGAGGACAAGGCGCGCCAGGUGUUGUUCAAGACGAAGCAGGACGAGGCGCUGUUUGAGUGUCUGGCCUUUCACUUCUCCGUGGCGCACUGGAAGCGUCCGCCGGUGCCGCGCGCCGAGCGUCUGAAGAGGCUCAAUGAGCCGGAACCCGUGCCGACGCCGCGUCAGCGGGAGGAAAUGAAGGAUUCGCGCGCAGCAAUUGUGAGUCUGUGCAAUAUUUUCAUGAAUUUGACCGUGCUGGAGGCGAAGCACGCCGAGGAGAGUCUGCUGUUUGGCAAUCUGCUGAAGUUCAUCUUUGAGAAUCUGCCAGAGCUGAAGGACACGCCGGACAAUCUGGUGAUGCACGGACACUUGGCGGUGCUUGGGCUGCUGAUGCUGAAGCAGCAGGCGAAGAAGGUGAAGAAGAAUGACUUCUCCAUCUGUCGCUAUAUCCAGGCCACCAUCAGAUUCCUCUGGGAUGCGUACAUUGUGGACGAGUCCAAUGAUCCCACGGCGCUGGUCGUGUCGAUUGCGUACAAGGAGCACUGGAUGGAGAUCGCCGAGCUGUGGUUCCUCGGCAUGCAGACGAUGUCUGGUGUGAUUCUGCAGAUCCCGUGGAUCUCAGAGUUUGCGCUGGAGAGCGGCUGGGCGGAGGGAAUUGUGGAGACGCUGCGCAAGGUGAAGAUUGGCACGCUGCCGAGCAAUGUGAAGUCGGCCUUUGAGGAUCUGCUGUGUCAGCUCGUGGAGGCGAAUCCCGAUGUCCCGGCCAAGCUCAAGAAGGCCGAUGCGCUGCGCGUCUGCCGGAAUCAUCGCCUGAUGGAGUUGGGCAAGAAGUUGUUCGGCGACUAAGAGAGACAAAAAAGAAAGAAAGAAAGAAAGAAUUGUGAAUCCUUCAACAGACUUUUCUCUUUUUAGGCACAAUUAAGCUUAUAUUCGAAUAAACUGUAUAUUUAUUAUUAUUUUGAUAAAUGAGAGAGAGAAAGAGUGGAAA